UCGUCUUCACACGCACCAGCUGGCAGACGACCCUUGAAGAGGCUAAAAUGUGAAGAACAGAGUGUAGGAAAAUCAGAUCUAGAAGGACUUGGAUGUGGAAGCGAAAACCUUGCUGUGUUGGGGGAAACAUCUAAGACACCUGAGGGAGAUGGGCGUUCAGAAGAUCCAGGAGACUUUUUCCAACAGAAAAAAGGUGAAAGCAUUUCAGAGACUAAUGAAGACAAAGAGGAGAAGGAACACAGUGUUUCCCUCAAGCCACACGCAGUGAAAUCAAGCAGUGCUCCAUCAAAAAUGGACAGUGAUGAAAAUCUGCACAAUCGUGUCUGCAGUGAAGAGGAGAGCAGCUGUGAGAGUGCGCUUUCAGAUGGGUCUGGCUCGGAGGAUGGGGAUCUCCCGAAGAAGCCGACACAACCAGACAAUGGCGCUUUCUUGGAUGAAGACAGCAACCAGCCGAUGCCAGUGAACAGGUUCUUUGGAGACGUCGAGUUUAUACAGGAUCUCCCAGCAGUCGCGCUCCCAAGCACAACGAUGAGCAGGCGAGAGUUCAGAAAGCUGCAUUUCAUUGCAAAGGAAGAUGAGGAGGAGGAGGAAGAGGAUGUCGUCUAA